GCUCGCAACGAUUGCUCUUCACGCAUGUGCAGAAAGAGCGGUUAAAUCCGAUUUUGUUGUGCUCUUGCAAAAACGUCAAGCGCUUUUCAUUCAUAAUGAUAUUUGCGUGUCAGAAGGACAGCUACCUUAGGAGUAUUAAAACUAGGGUAAUUGCCUGCAAUCCUGUAAUUGACAGAUCCGCGCAGAAUGUAUAUGAACUCUUGUUUGAGGAUACCGUGCUGUUUCCUGAAGGAGGGGGGCAGCCCGACGACCGUGGUUUGGUUGGUGAUGUCCCUGUGUUGCGCGUGUUCAGGCGAGGCGGAGAAGCUAUCCACGUCGUUCGCUCUCCCAUUGCAGUCGGUGCAGAAGUGGAGAUGAGCGUCGACUGGAAUCGUCGCUAUGACCACAUGCAGCAGCAUUCUGGCCAACACCUGAUCACUGCGGUGGCUGAGCAAGGAUUCGGCUUUCUGACGACAUCGUGGAACUUGGGUGAAGAAAUAAGCUUCAUUGAACUAGAUGCCUCAAAGGAAAUUAAGAAUGAAGACAUCCAGACAUUGGAAUCGCUAGUGAACGAGAAGAUAAGACAAUGCCUUCCCGUGUGUGUUAAUCUUUACGAACCUGGAUCCGACAAGCUGCAGUCUGUUCGAACCAGAUUGAAAUUGCCUGACGGAGGAGACAUAAUUCGUGUGGUGACCAUUGAAGGUGUGGACUCGAACACUUGUUGUGGGACCCACGUCUCCAACUUGAGCCAUCUACAAAUGAUUAAGUUGAUGUACACGGAAAAGGGCAAGCAGGGAAAAACAAACCUUUACUUUCUAGUUGGAAACAGGGUUCUGAAGUACCUGGACAAAACAUUUUUGCGAGAGAAAGCAAUAACUUCCCUGUUAAAAUGUGGCCCCAAUGACCAUACAUCGAUGAUUGAGAAGCUCAACAAAUCUCUUAAGCUCGCCAACAAAAAUUCACUCACUGUGCUGCGAGACCUGGCAGUUGCCGAAGCAAGACUGCUGAAGCAGCAAGAACCACUGCCGGCAUUCCACACAUUUCAUAGACGAGAAGCAGACGCCGAGUUCAUGGCAAUAUUCGCAAAUGAACUGGCAGACAAAGAUGUUUUGCUGUUCCUGACUUGUGGUGAUGAGAAGGGCAGUGGCCAGUUCUUGGUAUCUGGCCCGGAAAACAUAGUGUCUGCCAUUGGGCCCAAGGUAUGUGAGCUGCUAGAUGGCAAGGGCUUCUUCAAGCACCAGAAGUUUCAAGGAAAGGCAUCUGCUCUUUCAGGAAGAGGGAAGGUGGAGAAACUUUUGACAGAUCUACUGAGGUCUGCCAGUAAAUAGUGUGGGUGGCACCAAGAAGCUUUGGUUUGUAAACGUGUCUGGGGUAAGAAAGUAUUUAAAGAAAGCCAGUAGCUUUUAAUCUUGUACAAAUAAAUUAUUUUUUGUUAAA